CCGUUCCGCGCGCUCCGGCUGAUGCAAUCCCCGCGGGGCGUGGCCGAACGCGCGGUGGGCGGGGCCCCGGCGACACCGCCCAAUGGGAUGCAGCGACGCYGAGUGGGCGGGGCGAAGGCGGUGCCGCCCCGCCCCUCCCUCUGGGGGCGGGAAGCGCUGAGGCGGCGGCGCCGCCAUUUUGUGCUGAAGCUGCCUCAGGAUGGAGUCGAAACCCGAACCGGAGCUGCCCGUCGUACCCCGAGCCUUCAGACUCGCCGCCCCGCCACGGAGCGCCGCUCCACACGCCCCUCCGCACCGCUGGCAGCGCUGAACGGCCUCAUGGAGGACAGCGGUCGCGAACGCGCCGGCCCCGGCUUGGGAUGGGCCCGACUGGGCCUGGCCGGGGCCUGGCCGAAGCUGGCGGGGCCCAGCGCGGCGCCCGCCGGCGGCUCGUCCCAGGCGAGCCCGCCCUUCUCGUGGCUGCGGGUGGUGUCGCAGCUGCUGUCGCCGCUGCCCGCCCUCCUGCAGCGGCUCCUGCCCGGCGCCUCGCUGAGCUCCGCGCUGUGCCCCGCCAAGGCACCGCCGCCGCUGGUGCUGCUGCCGAAGGCGGACACCUCACUGGACUGGGCCGAGGAGGAGCCCCCGGAGAAGCGGYCGGAGGGCGGCUUGGAGCCCCCGGYGGGACUGUGGGGAMCCGGGCUGGUGCGGAGCAGCCUGGGGGCCCUUCCCAUGGACUGGUACGUGCUGGGCUUGGAGCAGAGCAAGAGCCACCUGCCCCAGCCCUUGCGAGCCGAGGGCUUGCCCGAGGUUGAGUUCCUCCGCAGCAAGCGCCUGGCGUUCCUCCAGCGCUGGCAUCUGCCCGUGCCCGACCCUGACCACGGCUACCACAGCCUGGAAGAGGAGCAGCAGCAGCAGCAGCACAGGGGUGUCCGCCGGGAAAUAGGAGAGCAGCGCGGCGAUUCCAAGGAUUUGGAGCAUCCGGAGGAUGCGGGGAGACAGCCUGGAGGUGUCCCCGUGGAGCAAGAGGAGCUCCGGGAUGCGGCUGAGGAGGGGGAAGCCUUGAUUGAAGAGGAGGAUGAGGACUCAGAAACGGAGCAAAACUUCCAGGUUUCGACCAGACCUGCGUGUGCGAAUAAAUUAAUCGAUUAUAUCAUCGGGGGAGUAUCCAGUGGGGAGGAGAGUGAGGAUGAGGAAGACUGGGAUGAGGAUGAUGAUGAUGAUGAUGAUGAUGGGUUUGACAGCGAAGAGCUGCCCUCGGACUCAGACGCCGGGAGCCAGGACGGGGAGAGGCUUCAUCUGUGGAAUUCCUUCUACAGUUUGGAUCCCUACAACCCUCAGAACUUCACAGCCACCAUCCAGACGUCUUCCAGCGAUCCGGGAAAGGGAAUGUCGGACAUGGAAGAGGAAGAAGAAGAGGAGGAGGAGGAGGAGGGAGACUCGUGGGCAGAGUCCUCAGAGGGCUCCCCCAGUUCGGAGGAGGACGAGUGGGACUGUGACAGCGUGGAUGAGGGGGAAAACUUGAAACUUUGGAACUCGUUCUGUAGCACGGACGAUCCCUACAACCCUUUAAAUUUCACGGCGGCCUUUCAGACAGCGGAGAAAAAAGGGACGCCGGGGUUCAAAGGGGGAGAGAGGCCGAGUUCUGUCACUGCUGAGCACUUCACCGUGUGUAGGGUGCAGCUGGAGAAACGCAGCUGCGGGCUCACCGACUUGGGGCAGCGCGGCAUUCUAUCCGGGGAGAAAACUGCGAAUUCCAAGCGGAAAAAGGUGACAUUCCUUGAAAAAGUGACUGAGUAUUACAUAAGCAGCGAGGAGGACCGGAAAGGRCCCUGGGAAGAGAUGGCACGGGAUGGAUGCAGAUUCCAGAAACGGAUCCAAGAGACAGAAGAAGCCAUAGGAUAUUGCCUCACUGCAGAGCACAGACUGAGGGUAUUCCAUAGGCUCCAAGAAUCCCAUUCCCACAGGACUGAUCCCUUCUAGCACCUUCAAACCCCUGGAAGUURCGUGACCCUUAAAUUAAUGAAAUCUCCUGAAGGAGAAGUGGCAGCUGCAUGUGCUGAAACGGGGAAAAAAAAAAAUAGGGGGAUUUUCCUUUUCCCAAUUUGCUGUUGAACACACAAAUUCCCCUUUUCCUAUCCUUGGAGCUCCCUGAAGGGUGAGGGRGCUCUGAUUGCAUUCCUGUUAAUUAAUUAGCACUUGGGAGAACCAGACUGCUCGGGGUUCAGUCCAUUCCUUAAAAAAUGCCUUGUCCUGCCAUACCUUGGGAAGUGGGGACUGUUCAGUUGGAUUUUUGCACUUUGGAAAAAGAAAAAAAAACAAAGCAAAACCUAUUUUGAAGGAAAUAUUUAUGGGGUUCAUUCCCUGGAUUUGCAGUUUUGAUUUAAAAUUCCCUGAGGGAUGUGCUGGGUUGGUUUGUUGGUUUGUUGUUUUGUUUUUGGUUUUUAUUUUGUGCUUCUUCAUCUUUUCCAGCUUUUCCAAAAAUCUCAUUUUUAAAAAUCCCUUYUUAAGGGAUUUUCCCCUCUUUUUGCAUGGAAUAAUCUGAUUUUUGUGUGUUUCUUUGGCUUUUUUGAGGUGUGGAUAUUCCAGUCAGGCACACUGUGGAGGCCUCUGGUGCAUCACAACCCCUUUGGUUUGAUUUAUUUAAAUAAUUUCCUUUAUCCAGGAUUAUUCCAGAGGGUUCUGGCUGCUGGUGCACCAAAUUCCUUGGCUUUUUGGACAAGGAAUUGGCUCAUCCCAAUCAACAAUUUAAGGUACAUUUGGAGGCUGUGGAUGAUGCUUGAAUUCAGGGAGGAAAAUUCCCUGAUUAUUUAAUUAAUCUUUGCUGUAAUUCUGCUUCGGGAGAGGAAUUGAAGUGAAUUUUUAUAUCCACUCUGCUUGUCCUGAUAAUUUUAAGGGGAAUUGUCUUGGAUUUAAGGAAAUUUGAAGGUAAAAAAAAAAAAAAAUCCCCGUUUUCUUUCCCAAAAAACA